GCACCCUUUCUCAAUUUUAGGGCUUACAGUUCUAUAUUUUCAACGGAGCAUCGCCGCAUAAACCUUAAAACCUAAACAGAGUUUAAAGAGACAGCGCCGAUCGCCGUCCACCUUGACGUAACACCGCGUCUAGGCACUCAAUUUUGUCAAAAUUCAAAAACCCUAGAAAAAAUCUCAAAAAUCAUCAUCAAUGGCACCAAAAGCAACCAAAGCUGAGAAGAAGCAGAACUACGAUUCCAAACUGUGCCAGCUUCUAGAUGAAUUCAAUCAGAUUCUUGUUGUUAAUGCUGAUAAUGUUGGAUCUAACCAGCUUCAGAGUAUUCGAAGGGGUCUUCGUGGUGAUUCAGUUGUUCUUAUGGGGAAGAACACUAUGAUGAAAAGAUCUGUGAGGAUGCAUGCUGAGAAGACUGGAAACAAUGCUUUCCUUAACCUUGUUCCUCUCCUUGUUGGAAAUGUCGGUUUGAUUUUCACCAAGGGUGACUUGAAGGAAGUUAGUGAGGAGGUUGCUAAGUACAAGGUUGGAGCUCCUGCUCGUGUUGGUUUGGUUGCUCCAAUUGAUGUUGUUGUGCCUCCUGGUAACACAGGGCUCGACCCAUCCCAGACCUCUUUCUUCCAGGUGCUUAACAUCCCCACCAAGAUUAACAAGGGUACUGUGGAAAUCAUUACCCCUGUUGAACUCAUCAAGAAGGGAGACAAGGUUGGAUCUUCCGAAGCUGCACUGCUUGCUAAGCUAGCCAUCAGGCCCUUUUCAUAUGGUCUUGUGGUCCUUUCUGUGUAUGAUAAUGGCUCUGUUUUCAGUCCUGAGGUUCUUGAUCUUACUGAGGAUGACCUUGUUGCGAAGUUUGCCAUUGGUGUUUCAAUGGUUACUUCACUUUCGUUGGCCAUCUCUUACCCAACACUUGCAGCUGCACCUCACAUGUUCGUCAAUGCCUACAAGAAUGUUCUUUCUAUUGCAGUGGUAACUGAAUAUUCUUUCCCCGAGGCUGACAAGGUUAAGGAGUUCUUGAAGGACCCAAGUAAGUUUGCUGUAGCUGCUGUUGCUGCUCCUGCUGCCGCUUCCGGUGCCGCCCCUGCUGCAGCCAAGGAGGAGGAGAAGAAGCCUGAGCCAGAAGAAGAAUCUGAUGAAGAAAUGGGUUUUGGUCUCUUUGAUGAAUAGAUUCAUUAAAUUUACUUUAAGUACUUUAAUUUUGGUUUGUUAGAAUUGCUGAACCAUCUAGAUAUUAUUUUGCUUAUGUCUUGUUUUAAGUACUUUAAUUUACAUUAUGACUCCUUUUGGUAAUGUUUUAUUGAAUUUUUGUUUACGUUA